AUGACUUCGAAAUUCGUAUCUUCGGGUGGCGCUGAGAUCAAAGCUCCAGAAGGGCUCUCCUCUGCAAGUGACGAAGCAUGGCAAGCAGCGCGCAAACAAGUGGAGGAGCGCAAAAAGCCCAAGGAUGAAGGUCCAGUCCUUGGCAUACAGGAAGGGGGAAAAAGUCUCUAUGAGCAUCUACAGGAUCAGAAGGCUGCGAAGCAAGAAGCGUUUGAGGAAGCCACCAAGCUUCGCAAUCAGUUUCGACCACUAGAUGAGAGCGAGGUCGAAUUUCUCGAAGGCAUCAAGCACAAGGAAAGGGUCGAGCUUGCGAGUGUCAGGAACGAUACUGCCGAGCAGCUCCGCGCCUUUCGCAAGGAACAAGCCGCAGCUGAACAGCUAGGUCCAGAUAUUGUAGAGGGUCAAGCCCAGCAUCAUACUUCGAACGAUGGAAAGAGUGUUUGGAAAGCCACAAAGAAAAGACGAAGACUAGAUGCAGACGAACAGACUGAACGUCCGAAGAGUCAAAAGGUAUCUUCGCCUAAAGUCCAUGAAGACGCAGACACAAGUGUCAAGCAGGUAUCGGAUUCGAACGAACCAGUCACCUCCUUGCAAACGCAACAACCAAGUCAUCCCACGACAACGUCGACGGUCACAGAUUCAGGGGCUGCGAUGAAGAAAGAACCUACGAAGUCAGCGCUAGGCCUCGUAAGCUACGAUUCUGAUUCUGACGGUUGA